ACUUGCAAAUGUAGUUAAAAAUUUUCUAAUAUGUGUACCACAUUUCCAUGUCUAAAAAUUUUUAGAGAUGGACUCAGAAGAGCAUGGAAAUAUGUUCUUCACCAGCCUCCUGACUCAGGAGCCUGAACUUGACCACAUUUAUGUUGGUCAAGGUGAACAUCCCAUGACUUUGGAUGACUCUCCACCCCCGCCCCAAGUACAGCCUCCCUCUCAAAGAAAAUCAGUUAGGGGUGCAAACUUCACCCCCGAAGAAGACAAGUUACUUGUCUCUGCAUGGCUGAAUACUAGCAUUGAUGCCAUCCAAGGAACGGACCAAAAACAUGCCCAACUUUGGGAAAAAGUUAGUGAAUACUUCAAUGAUUAUAAAGAAAGUACAAAUGAGCGGAGUGUUGGGUCCUUAAUACAUCGGUGGUCUGCCAUUCAAAAGGUGACGAACAAAUUUUGUGCUAAACUCACUCAAGUUGAAGGGCUGAAUCAAAGUGACAAAACUGAGCAAGACAAGGUCAUGUACCAAUCGCUUGAGAAAACGACUUUUCAGUUCGAGCAUUGUUGGCAGCUAUUGAAGGAUCAGCCGAAAUGGAAUCAGCGUUGCACAAAGGACGGGACAAAGCGAAGGUCGAUGAUGUCCCCUACAUAUUCGCGUACAUCAGCAGUGGCAACUAAUUCACCCAUUGAUUCAGUGGGUGGUACAGUGGGCGAGAAUCUGGAAAGUAAUGAUGUCAUCGAAUUUGAUAGGCCACUAGGGAGAAAAGCUGAGAAAGGAAAGCGUAAGGCCCAAGGCAGGGCCUUAGAUGAGCUUGUGGAGCUCAGCAAGAAAAGAUAUAGUCUCCUAGAGGAGUCACGUGCUCAGGAGAAAGAAUUUUUCCGACUCAAGGCUGAGAAGAUGGCAUAUGAACGAGAAAUGGAGGGAAAUAAAUCUAGACAAGAGGACGAGAGAUUAAGGUUGGAGGCGGAGAAACUGGAAAUCGCCCGGUUGGAGAGAGAGGAGCGCAUAAUGUUGCUCGAUGUCAGUACGUUAAAUGAAGUUCAGCAAGUAUAUUUCCAGCAACUUCAAAGAGAGAUAUUGGCGCGACGCAAUGCAUCCUCAGAUUGAGGCAUUUGUUAUUGUUUGUAACUAAACCUUUAUUCAGUAUUAAUGCUACUAUGUAUAUUAUGUACCACUCGCUUGUGGCACUUUUCUGCAUUUAUUGUAUUAUAUAAUUUGUACAAUUGUAAAGUUUUAUUAA